CUACAGGAUGGGAUCACUGCUCUGGCGAGGGCGCGGAGGCGGGAAACCCAGGUUGGCCGUGGCUGAGCGGGUGGACCCGGAGCAGAUCAGAGAGGGUCUCUAGGCUCGGGGUAGGGCGCGAGCAGUGACGCAGAGUACGGGAGAGGUUUCUCAGAGCAAAAUACAUGGUGUGGGCAACAGGCGUAGCGGCGAAAAUGCGGCGCCAUACUGGGCAGGUGGACCUGGAUGCCGCGGUUUGAGAUGGCAGCUGCGGAGGCGGUACACCAUAUCCAUCUGCAGAACUUCUCCCGCUCACUGCUCGAAACCCUCAAUGGUCAGCGGCUGGGCGGUCACUUCUGCGACGUGACUGUGCGCAUCCGAGAGGCUUCGCUGCGAGCACACCGCUGCGUGUUGGCUGCCGGCUCACCCUUCUUCCAAGACAAGCUGCUGCUCGGCCACUCCGAGAUCCGCGUGCCGCCGGUGGUGCCCGCGCAGACCGUGCGCCAGCUCGUCGAGUUCCUUUACAGCGGCUCACUCGUAGUGGCACAGGGCGAAGCUCUGCAGGUGCUCACGGCCGCAUCCGUGCUGCGCAUCCAGACGGUCAUAGAUGAGUGCACGCAGAUCAUCGCCCGUACCCGCGCCCCGGCCCCAGCCCCCGCCCCGGGUGCUCCUGUGCCCAUGCCCACUCCUGUGCCCCCGCCACUGGCACCUGCGCAGCUGCGCCACCGGCUGCGCCAUUUGCUAGCCGCACGUCCCCCCGGCCACCCCGGUGCCUCUCACUGCCGCAAGCAGUGCCGGCCCGCGCGCCUGCAGCUGCCCGCUCCCCCCGCGCUCGCCAAGGCGGAGCGGCCGAGCACCAACCCGGCGUUGCCUGCGGCCCCAGAUGACGGCGGUGGCGAUAAUGAUGAGGAGACCGACGAGGAGACCGAUGGCGAGGAUGGGGAAGGCAGAGGUCUGGGCGAAGGCCAGGCGCCACCUCCCUUCCCAGACUGCGCGGCUGGCCUCCUCACCGCCGCUGCUGACAGCGCGCACGAGGAGCCGCCUGCUCCUGCCGGCCUGGCUGACUACGGCGGCGCCGAGAGGGACUUGCUUUGCGGGGCUUUGGCGGCCGAGGAUGUGUUCCCCGAAAGUUACGUUUCCUCUUGGCAAGAUGAAGACUGUGCCACCGCUGAUGCCUGUACCUCAGAGACCCCAGUCCCAGCCGACUGUGCCCUGCCUGGACCCCACCCAUCUGGUGCCGCGAAGACCCUGGGGCCCUCCUCCGUUGGGCCUUUUCCCUUUCAUCUUGGCGUCCCCGGGCUGCCUGGGCAGCCCCCUCCCGCGUCCUCCGGGCCGGCUUCUGCGCCCCCGCCCGCCUUCCACCCCGCGCCGGACACGGCCCCCAGGGCACCCCUGGUGGAGGCCACAGCUGCUCCCGCCUCGGCCCCCUCUGCCACCCCUGCUCGGGGCCCGGGUGCUGAUCCACCUGCCUAUGAGUGCAGUCACUGCCGCAAGACGUUCAGCUCACGGAAAAACUACACCAAGCACAUGUUCAUCCACUCCGGGGAGAAGCCCCACCAGUGCGCCGUGUGCUGGCGAUCUUUCUCGCUGCGCGAUUACCUGCUCAAGCAUAUGGUCACGCACACGGGCGUGCGCGCCUUCCAGUGCGCUGUCUGCGCCAAGCGCUUCACCCAGAAGAGCUCGCUCAACGUGCACAUGCGCACGCACCGACCCGAGCGCGCGCCGUGCCCCGCCUGCGGCAAAGUCUUCUCUCACCGUGCGCUGCUCGACCGCCACCUGGCCGUGCACCCUGCCCCCUGACCUGGCCCUGGGGCCUGGGCACGCCUCUGCCGUCGGCCACGCUAGCUGCGGGGGCCUUGUCCACGUUCCCUGCACCAGACCACUUUCCUCAGAGCUCAGGCCUUCCGCCUGCUGCCACCCUUCUCUCCAAACCUGGUCGGGAGCCCAGCCGGCUUUACUCCUCUCCUCCCGUACACUCGGACCCUCCAUGGUGGCGAGCUGGGGCCGAGAUGGUCAUGAACCCAACCACUUCUGGGAACUGGAUCAUCUCCAGCGUGAACUGGGAGCUCAGACCCUGGACGCUGGACCCAGAAUAAGUGGCUCAGACUCCAGUUCUUGCCCCGCCCCCUCCCAUGAGUGGGGUUGGGGUCUAGAGCUGCUCUACCCUCGAGUUAGGCUGGGCAAGGCCCAUAGGGUCCCAUCCUGAACUGCCCCUCCCUCAUCUGGCACCAGAGGGGGCUCAGGUGGACCCAUCAUGGACUGAUGCCAGGCCUCGGGAUCUCCUCUGUAAUAAAGGACUGUGGGCUGUGGGUCCCAAACCCAGAAGCUGUGUGCUCCUUGGC